AAAGAGGGAAGAAGAAGAAGAAGAAGAAGAAGAAGAAGAAGAAGAGAGAAUGAGAGCAGGGGACCAUGCAGCCCUCUGUACUAAUGGACCAUAAGGAUAUUUAACCAUCUGCCCGGGGAGCGCACAGACACUGCAGUCCAUGCCUCUGCCUUGCCAGGUCAUUGAUGGGAAAUCAACUGGAUCGGAUCACCCACCUCAACUACAGCGAGCUGCCCACGGGGGAUCCGUCCGGGCUGGAGAAGGACGAGCUUCGGGUCGGCGUCGCUUACUUCUUCUCUGACGAAGAGGAGGAGGUGGACGACCGCACUCCGUCCGACUGCGGCUUCACCAAGGACCACAGCCCGGCCGAGGAGGGACCCUUCUCGGUCAGCGAGGUGGAGUACUCAGCCUUCUGCUCCCAGGAAUGCAUCUUCUCCAAGCUGCGGGAGAACGAGGACUUAAAUGUAUACUCGGCCAAAACUUUGCUGACUAUGUGCAAACCGGGGGACCUGCUGGAACUGGUGGCCACCGCGCAAGCCCCCCACUGGGCCAUCUAUGAGCAGGACGACCAGGUCAUUCAUCUGCACAAGGGCGAGAUCCGCAAGGACAGCCUGCUUGAGAUCAGCAACGGUCGCCACGGGAGGGUAGUCAACAAUCGGUACCGGUACCGACCGCUUCCUCCUGACCUAGUGAUGCAGAACGCAGUGGGACACCUGGGCCUGAGCAGCGAGGAGAUAUGCUGGACCAACUCGGAAAGUUUCGCAGCGUGGUGCCGCUUUGGGAAACGGGAGUUCAAAGCAGGGGGAGAGGUGCACUCGGCGGAGCAGCAGUAUUUCCUCAAAGUGCACCUGUCCGGCAGCGGGGUGCACACUCUGGUCUUUCGCAGUCUGGAGGACAUGAUCCGGGAGAGGAGGCGAGUGGACGCCAGUGGAAUUCUCAAAGAGCUGUCUUUGGUUAACGGGGGCAAGGAGUGAUCAGGGAUUCCGUUUGAAAUCCUCUCCCUCUAUCUCUCCCCCGCUCCCGCUGCGCACGGACGCACAGUUUUGCGCACAAGCAAACGUACUCGCACACACGCACACAAGCACACAGACGCACACACAGGACG